AUGGCGUCAAACUUAGCGCAAGGAAAGACGAUAGUCGUGACGGGCGCAGCUGGAGGUCUUGGCAAGGCAAUCGCCGCGGCCUUCCUGAAAGCCGGCGGCAAUGUAGCGAUAUGCAACAUCAACCAGGAGCGACUCGAUCAAAUACAGUCCGAAUGGAAAUCACAGAGCGACAAGACGCUCGUCUGGAAGACAGAUAUCACCAAUGAGGAGGCGGUGAAGGGGUUCUUCGACGCUGUGGUGUCCAGGUUUGGCGGUCUCGACAUGCUCGUCAACAACGCGGGAAUCAUGGACAAUUUCGACGGAGUCGGCACCGCCUCGAAGGAGACGUGGGACCGAGUCAUCAGCAUCAAUGUCACGGGUGCAUUUCUCUGCCUGAAGGCCGCCGUCAACGCCUUCGAAUCCAAGCCUGAACCGAGCGGCACCGUGAUCAACAUCGGGUCCAUCGCGAGCUACAGAGGCGUAAUGGCAGGCGCGGCCUACACGGCAGCCAAGCACGCCCUGCUCGGUCUGACAAAGAACACAGCGGGCUACUACGGCGCGAAGGGAAUCUCGUGCAUCGCGCUGCUGCUGGGCGGUAUGGACGAGACCAACAUCGUCGAUGCCUUUGCGCGGGGUUUCAAUCAGGUGGGGAUGAUGUUGAUGGGAGCCGUCAACCCCGGGUAUGUGCCCGGUAAGACCGGCGUGCCCGUGGCUGAUGUUGCGAAAUACUGCCUGUUCUUCUCUGACGACUCCAUGGCGCGGGCGUCGAAUGGGGCUUCGGUUUGUGUGAAUAACAACUGGCCGGCUGCGUAG